GAAUGCGGGGUUUCCUCCCAACUCCUUUUUUCGCUGGGUUUUUAGGGUCAUGGACAGUUUGUGCCUUUUUUUAGCCAGUUAUUAUCCUGGCCAUUGGGUAACAGCUGCUGCUGCUCAUUUAAACAGCCCACGUCCUCAGGGCAGCGGGAGACCACGCUGCGUUGAACUCAGCGACCAGGUCACAGACCCCUCAGGCCUGGGUGUUCUCAUCUGUGUCAGCAGCAUUGGACAAAGCCCUCUCAGAGGCAGCUGAUGGAAGAGACAGGGAGGUACAAAACAGUCCAGGAAAGAGACGAAAGCUCACUUCCCUGCCCUGGGGACCUGCCAUUCACACAGAGGCGCAUGGCCGAGGCAGCAGCUUCUUUCUGCCAAGUCCAGGGCUCUAAUGACGCUGCGUCCUUUAUAAUCCAUAAUUCAAGUGCGGUGAACCCACUGGGAUGACUCAGUUUGAACAUAUAUUCCUCCCCAGGUCUGCCCCAUCUUAAGAGUGGAGAGCCUAGAAGAGAAAUUAAGGGACUCAUCAGGUUCUGAGCUGCUGCUGGAUAUUUUGCAGAAGACCGUGAAGCAUCCUCUGUGCAUGAAGCAUCCACCCUCAGUGAAGUAUGCCUGGAGUUUUCUCUCAGAGCUCAUCAGAAAGCACGAGGCUAUCCACACGGAGCCUUUGGACGAGCUGUACGAGGCGUUGGCGGAGGUCCUGACGGCCGAGGAGCCCACCCAGUGCCACCGGAGCUACCUGCUGCCCUCCGGGGACUCUAUCACACUCUGCGAGAGCACGGCCAUCAUUUCCCACGGCACCACGGGCCUGGUCACGUGGAAUGCCGCGCUUUACCUGGCAGAGUGGGCCAUGGAGAACCCAGCGGGCUUUGCUCAUAGGACUGUCUUAGAGCUUGGCAGUGGAGCCGGCCUCACGGGCCUGGUCAUUUGCAAGAUGUGCCGGCCCAGAGCAUACGUCUUCAGCGACUGUCACAGCCAUGUCCUCGAGCAGCUCCAAGGGAACGUCCUUCUCAACGGCCUCUCAUUGGAGCCAAAUGUCGCCGCCCUGGCCCAGCACCCAGAACACGACACCGCCGAUGCAGAGAGCCCCAGGGUGAUGGUGGCCCGGGUGGACUGGGAUGUUGUGACGGUCCCUCAGCUUGCUGCCUUCCAGCCGGACAUCAUCAUUGCCGCAGAUGUGCUAUAUUGCCCAGAAACUGUCCUCUCCCUGGUCGGGGUCCUGCAGAAGCUCUCUGCCUGCCAGAAGGACCAGCGGGUUCCUGACGCCUACGUUGCCUUCACCAUCCGCAACCCGGAGACAUGUCAGCUGUUCACCACGGAGCUGGGCCGGGCUGGAAUCCCGUGGGAAGAAGUGCCUCGUCACGACCAGAAACUGUUUCCCUACGAAGAGCACUCGGAGAUGGCAAUUCUGAAACUAAUGCUGUAGAUUUAUAAAUGGUUUUGAAGAAUAAUGUGAAAAUUAAAUCACUGUUCUGGAAAGAAUGUGAUAAAACUUGCACUGGACUUGAAUGUUUGAAGAAUGUUAAAUUCUGAAUCGGGAACCACAAACUGUUCGAAUAAAAUAUAAACUGUU